AUGUCCGAGCGCAGAGAGGGCAGAGGCAAGGGGAAGGGCAAGAAGAAGGACCGGGGCUCCGGCGGCAAGAAGCCCGCGCCCGCGGAGGGCGGCUCGAGCCCAGCUUUGCCUCUUCGAUUGAAAGAGAUGAAAAGCCAGGAGUCGGUGGCAGGCUCCAAGCUAGUGCUUCGGUGUGAGACCAGUUCUGAAUUCUCUCCUCUCAAAUUCAAGUGGUUCAAGAAUGGGAAUGAAUUAAACCGAAAGAACAAACCACAAAACAUCAAGAUACAAAAAAGGCCAGGGAAGUCAGAACUUCGCAUUAACAAAGCAUCACUGGCCGAUUCUGGGGAAUACAUGUGCCGAGUGACCAGCAAGUUAGGAAAUGAUAGUGCCUCUGCCAAUAUCACCAUCGUGGAGUCAAAUGAGGUCAACACUGGCAUGCCAAACUCAACUGCAAGAGCAUAUGUAUCUCCAGAGUCUCCCAUUAGAAUAUCAGUAACAACCGAAGGAGCAAAUACUUCUUCCUCUACAUCUACAUCUACCACCGGGACAAGCCAUCUUGUAAAAUGUGCAGAGAAGGAGAAAACUUUCUGUGUGAAUGGAGGCGAGUGCUUCAUGGUGAAAGACCUUUCAAACCCCUCAAGAUACUUGUGCAAGUGCCCAAAUGAGUUUACUGGUGAUCGUUGCCAAAACUACGUAAUGGCCAGCUUCUACAAGCAUCUUGGGAUUGAAUUUAUGGAAGCAGAGGAGCUCUACCAGAAGAGGGUGUUGACCAUCACUGGCAUCUGCAUCGCCCUGCUGGUGGUCGGCAUCAUGUGUGUGGUGGCCUACUGCAAAACCAAGAAACAGCGGAAAAAGCUUCACGACCGGCUUCGGCAGAGUCUUCGGUCCGAGCGAAAUAACAUGGUCAACAUCGCCAAUGGGCCUCACCACCCCAACCCGCCUUCCGAGAACGUCCAGCUGGUCAAUCAAUACGUAUCUAAAAAUGUCAUCUCUAGUGAGCAUAUUGUCGAAAGAGAAGUGGAGACAUCUUUUUCCACCAGUCACUAUACCUCGACAACUCAUCAUUCCACUACCGUCACCCAGACUCCGAGUCACAGCUGGAGCAACGGACACACCGAAAGCAUCAUUUCUGAAAGCCACUCUGUAAUCAUGAUGUCAUCUGUAGAAAACAGUAGGCACAGCAGCCCAACGGGGGGCCCAAGAGGACGUCUUAAUGGCAUGGGAGGCCCUCGUGAAUGUAACAGCUUCCUCAGGCAUGCCAGAGAAACCCCUGACUCCUUCCGAGACUCUCCUCAUAGCGAAAGGUUUGUGUCAGCAAUGACCACCCCGGCUCGUAUGUCACCUGUAGAUUUCCACACGCCAAGCUCCCCCAAAUCGCCCCCUUCGGAAAUGUCUGCACCUGUGUCCAGCACGACGGUGUCCAUGCCCUCGAUGGCAGUCAGCCCCUCUGUGGAAGAAGAGAGACCUCUGCUUCUGGUGACACCACCACGGCUGCGGGAGAAGUAUGACCACCACCCUCAGCAAUUCAACUCCUUCCACCACAACCCCGCGCAUGAGAGCAGCAGCCUGCCCCCUAGCCCCUUGAGGAUAGUGGAGGAUGAGGAGUAUGAGACAACCCAGGAGUACGAGCCAGCUCAGGAGCCUGUUAAGAAACUCACCAAUAGCCGACGGGCCAAAAGAACCAAGCCCAAUGGCCACAUUGCCAACAGGUUGGAAAUGGACAGCAACACAAGCGCUGAGAUCAGUAACUCAGAGAGCGAGACAGAAGAUGAAAGAGUAGGUGAAGCCACCCCUUUCCUGGGCAUACAGAACCCCCUGGCAGCCAGUCUUGAGGCAGCCCCUGCCUUCCGCCUGGCCGAGAGCAGGACUAACCCAGCGGGCCGCUUCUCGACACAGGAGGAUCUGCAGGCCAGGCUGUCUAGUGUAAUUGCUAACCAAGACCCUAUCGCUGUAUAA